AUGCUGCCUCGGAAGAUAUGCAAGCUGCGAGAAGAGGUGUUUGAGAUGGAAGAUGUGCAUGCUACAGAAGUGGAGCACAUCAAUGAAGACAUAAAGAAACUGAGCGAAGAGUACAAGUCUGUGUGCAAGCGAGCGUGGAAUAAUAAGAAUGAUAUUGAGCAAUUGGAAGCAAGGCACAGGAGAGUGUCAAAUGAGCGCAUGGCAAGUUUUGAGAGGAACUGUAGAAAUAGCUCGUACAUAAGAGGCUUGUCCGAUCUGAAACGCAAAGAAGGAGAAUGCAAUCAAGAAAUGCGAGAUAUGAAAAGACUGAUUGUGGAGAAGGAAAGAGAUCUUAGGAAUAAUGUCACUAAGCACGAUAGUGCCUUAAAGCGGAAUAAUGAGCGGAUUGCACGUGCAGAGAAGCGUUAUGUGCCAGAUCACAAGCUGAAGGAUAUAUAUGCUAUAAGAACGGAGCAGAGCAAGGUGGAGAUGAAUAUACGGGCAAUAAAGGAAAGCAUUGAGAGGAAGAAGGCGGAGAUGGUGAACGAAAUAGCAUGGGAGAGGGCCAGGGGGAUAGGAUGGAAAACUUUUUAUGUGUUGUGCGCUCUGGCUGGUAUAGCUCUGAUGUAUGACAUGGUGUAUGGCCUGCCUUUCCAGUGA